AUGGAGGAAAAUGAUGAACCACUUGGGAGGGGAGCUGCUCCGAAUAAGUACAGAUCAACUCACGGUCAAGCACCAUCUAGACCAGAAAUGACUGAAUCAGAGAACUUUGUGCAAUCAAAUACAGAAUCAGUGUUCAGUUCUGGAGAAACGAGGGAUUUUCUGCAGUUUUUGAGAAGGAUUCAAUAUGAUCAUCGACAAGUACCAGAGAAUGACGAAGGAGAAGCCACCUACGUGGAAGUUUCAGUCGUUGUCAGUAACAUUCGAGCAGUUUCUGAAGUGACAAUGGUGAUGAUACUCCUCUUACUCAGCUUUGAUAAUUCAAGUAUUCCAGGAUUACGCUAUUGA